UGGGGCUUUUGAGCUAAAAAAAAAGAAAAACUAUCGACUUCGUAAGGUUUGGUAUAAAGCAGGGACUGGAGAAGUUUGGCCCUGUUCACUCUGAGUCUCUCGUGAAUGGCUGUUUCGUCCGUUGGAAAAUGGAGGAGAAGCAUAGCAGUCUCAGCAGCAAUGGCUCCUCUUCCUCUAUCACAUACCCGAAGCUUCCGAUCAGACGCCGCCUUAGAAGCUCUAUCCAAAGCCUCCGACGAAAACGUCCCCUACUUGCUUCUCUACAACUACCCUUGUUUCUCCGGCGCCUUCUCCGCUCUCUUUGCUCACCUCUUCCACUCUCGCCUUAACCUACCGCUCCUCUCUCUCCCUUUCUCUUCCGUCGAACCCUUCAGGGUCGAUGAUUUGUGUACUCGAGGACUGGAGAGGUGCUACUUCCUUGAUUUUCUUGGCCCCAAAGGAUUUGCGGUCGAGUUUGCAAGGAGAGCUUCGUGCGAGGUAAUUGCUUUCGAUCAUCGAAAAUCUGUACUACCGGAGAUGCCCUCGGAUGAGGAUUGCCCGGACAAUCUCACAUUUCGAGUGAAUACUGAAAAGAGUAGCUCUAGUGCUGUGUAUGAUUACUUCUCUGCUAAGCUUGCUGAUGUUGAAUGUCAUAAUGGAAUGGAUGCAAGUUUGUUACAAGUUGAGGACAGGGAUCGUGUGGAGAUGGUGCUUAAGUACAUUGAGGAUGGAGAUCUCCGUCGCUGGAGCUUACCGGAUAUUAGGGCGUUUAAUAUUGGACUUAGUGAAUGGCGCUCAAAGUUGAAUUGCUUUACUAAUCCAUACAUGUGUGAACAGUUACUGGAGAUAAGUGCUACGGAUGUUAUUGCUAAGGGAAAGUCAUAUAUAUCUGCUCGCCAAAAGGCUGCAAAUAAGUUACUGGACAAAGCUCUGAAAAUAAGGUUGGGCAGAGGAUUUUAUGGGGAGUGUCUGGGAGUGAGAGCUGAUGGGAAUUCCGAGUUAAGUGAUGAAAUUGGCAAGCAACUUAGUGUAAAAAGUGCCGCUGCUGGCCUAAGUUUUGGAGGCCCUCAUUAUAUCAGAAUUGAUUCUACAAACAUUUUCAAACAGCUCUGGAGCUCACUCAUUUUCUCAUGCCAGGCCUAUAGGAGCUGUUAUAUUCAUGCAACGGAGAAACCUCAAAAUGUGCUUAAGGAGUACUGAUACUGCUACUGAUACCUGUGAAGUUGCAAAGGCAUAUGGAGGAGGGGGCACCCCAAGUUCGAGUUCCUUUAUUAUAAGGAUGGAUGAGUACAAUCAGUGGGUUUCAGGAAACUCAAGAUGAACAUGUCAAGGUGUGAACCAGUAUCAUAGUGUGAAUUCCCCAAGUUGUUGAAUUACCUGAUCUUCUUAGUUUCUCAUUGAUUCUAUUACUGCUAUAAAUUCCUGGGUCAUUUUUCACACGGGCAAUUUCAUAUAUACCUGCAUCCACUUUUGAGUUAUUCUCUUUUGGAGAAGAAACUGAUACAGUAUUAGUGAAGCCAAAUCCAAUAGAGCACGCAUCUCUUUCCAAGUGAAAACAGUACCAUCAAGGAAAUAUACAGUUCCAAGAUAACAUCACUUUAGCACCUAUCUGUAGCUUUCUGAUUUAACAAUAAUUUUGAUAGAAUCAAUGUCUAAACUCUACAGGAACUGACACCAUAGAGCUUUCAUACACCCAUCUGCUAUUAUGUGAUAAAAGUCCUAUUCACUCCAUCCGAAAAACCCAAGAAAUUGCCAAUUUCCUCAUCCACCUUUUCAUCUUCUUAUUUCUUCCCGUACCCUUAAAUACGUACUUAUAAACUGAUAACACCUGCUUGGAAUGGUAGCACCCUCUUCCCUGCCUUGAAAACGAUACACCCUUGGGGAUUAAUAUGAAGUAAUGGCCUUCGUUUUUCAACUGUCACAAGUACUUUCCCAUGAGCUGCCAACCAAGUAAGCACUUGAACCUAGGACGAAUGCUCUCAAAUUACAACACACCAAACAGGAAAAAUUCCAGUAGAUAUGUCUUUUCACACACUUGGACUGGAGCCUUUAACAUGGGUCUAGCACUCUAUUCUUUGUAGUCCAUAUUUGCUCCAAAGAGUAUUUCCAUAAUCACUUACAAGCACGGUCUUUCAACCAAGUCAUCCACUCCUAGACCCCUUCUGCUAUUUUAUCAAGUUUUCUUUCUUUCCUGCCUCUCUACCCUCCGAAAUCUGAUUCUUUCUCACACAAACAAAAAUUUGAUUCAUAAAACAUCUCCAUCACUAGAAUAGCAGUCUGUUUUGGUUAAAUCUAGUGAGUAUAAUGGGUAAAUACUUUAAUUUCAAUGUUUCAUGUGGUUGUCAAUAACAAGGUGUGGGACAUGGUGAGUGGCUCGUCAGAAUAUGGGUUAGAUCAUAAAUAUCAAACUGUGGAAAAUGAGAUUGGUUGCAUAUCAUUCAAGUACCACAAGUUGAGGUUAUAUAUGAGGGCUCUGAGUGAAUAGGUUCCCCAUUGGUAAGAUACUGCGGGUCUUAGAAUUCUUUUCAAGUGCUCAGUUCUCAUUGAUAGUUAACAAAAGAAUUUAACCGUAGGUAAUUUGAUAAAAGGAUUUAGAUAUAUCUAUACUGGUUAUGCAUUUAUAGUAGUCAGGGAAUCAUCUUAAUCUUAGGACACAUAAAAGCCUCCUUUUCUCUGUUCGAUACAUUUAAUAUUCUUAUACUUGUUGUUUUUGUUCUGUGCUUGUCAAAAAGAGAAUGAAGUCACAUUCACUCCCACACAAUUGCUUUGACUAU